AUGACCGUGGGCAGCGACUUCCGGGCUUCGCUCCCCAACAUGGGCACAACCCAUGCAGACUUCGCUCUCGGCUUGGAUCCUGAGAGCCAUCCGCGCAUGUUCAAGAAACACAAGAUCCUCCCGCAUCCCCGGAAGGAUGAGCUGCAGCGCUCGGAAUCGUCGAGGUAUGGACGGGGGAGCGAGGUGGCUUUGUCCCAAAACGGCGCGUCGCCGGCCCCGAGCCCCAGCAUUCGACUGCGCGCGAGCCGGUCAGGGAGAGGACCGGAACCACCGCCCACACCGCCGGCACAUUCCCGGACCUCUUCGGCCAGCCAUCCCGCCGAUCCCUCGACUGCUAAAUUCGCUGGUGAUCCCUUGAGCAGCGCUGACGAUGUCGAGUCGCGUCCCCCAGCCACUCCCACCAACCAACAAACCCUGCCAACCCCAAACCUGACCCCCGAUCGGACUCCUCCGGGCCCUGCCGCGAGUCAAAUUCGGCCGCGGCCCCCGAUAACCGAGCGGAACUCGUCGAAAAUCACGACGGGUUCACGAGCCGAGUCGUUUACAACCGCGCGGGAGAACCCUUCAUCGUCCGAUGACGACGAUGGGAGGUCGACACUGCGCACGGCAUUAGCUUCGGCCAAAACUUCACAGAGCACCGUUCGGCAAGCUAGUAGGGAGACUAGGAGCGUAUCUCAGCCUCUCGGUCUCGGCCUGGCCCUCGGAUCGAAUCCCAUGGAUGCCUCGACACCGAGAACGAUGCCGGAGUUCAACAAGUUUGAUGGCGAGUGGACAGCCAGGGAAGCAGGGUCCAACGAGGCCGGGAGGGAGUGGGACUCUGAUCUUAUGAGGAAUGUAACCAUAAGAAAACGACGGCCAACCCGCCCAAGGGAGACUCGCAACCAAGAAAUCGUUGACGAUAGGGUGGUGACGCCGACCAACGCUACCCGGGCGAUCCGUGCUAUGUCCCUGGAAGAAAGCCCGAUUGUGUACCCUUCGCGCAGAGUUGCUUCGGAUCGAUACCCAACUCGAGCUGCUCCGGUGGAUUCCGAGUCUUCUAGUAGCAUCGAUAUCAAGCGCUCCUCGGUUCUGUCGACGAAAUCGAAUGCAUCGACCGUGGUGGAGGCUAGGCUCGUGGAGACGGCACCCCAGCGACGGCAGACACUGCGACACGUGAGGAAGCAGAGCGCCUUACGGGACUCGGGCUCCGAAGUAUCCCCAGCAAGUUCUGCGCCGACAUCUGUCUCAUCAGCCGCCGACGGCCGACGUCAACGUCAGGAACCAGCACCUCCCAAGGCGGGCGAAGGCAUUCGCGAGAGCUACGCCUCGACGGCUACUAACAACUCCAUUUCGAGCCGAAAAGCGCGUCGUUCGGUGUGGAACAGUGGCGGCGUACCAGUCGUUGUGAUUCCCGACCGCCGCUCAUCGGUCAAAUCCAAUAAUAGCAAAUCGCCGUCCUUGCGGUCAACGAGCAGCCGGAGAUCCCGUAGUCUCAGCUCUGUUCCCACCUCGCAGCCGUCCAAGAGCAGGGAAAACGUUCCUAUUUUCGAAAGGCCUCAUCGUCGAAGCAGGGCACUCUCCGAGUCCGAUGGGUCCAGGGCAGGGGAUGAGCGGACGAUGGACUUCCCCCCCGCCAUCCCUGCUCGGUCCUCUUCGCUCUCAGCGCCCACCAGCCGAAAUGCGUCGAGGACGGGUUCGCUGACAGCAGAGAGUUUGAAAACCCAUAACGUCUUCCAGGCGCAGCAAGCGCAUCAAGCUCUGCAGAAAGCGAGUCGGGAACUUGAGAACCUGAAAAAUCAGCCGCCACCGACGGACGGCGAUGGGCUACGGAAGGGGAGAGGCGCGGAGUUACGGCCCGCGAGCGGUAAGAGUGAGCGCAAGCAGCCUACCGUGUCUGCUGAGCGCUCUCCGCGGGAGAGACAGGUCGAGUCGGGCGGGAGCCCCGCUCAGACGCACCGAGAUUCGCACGGCACCCAGCGAGAGAGUGGCAUCGACCGGGAUGGAGACCCCUUCUUUGGAACGAGGCUAUCGGUACAAAACACGCCGCUCUCGGUCGCUUCGGCGGAUACAGCCGCAACCUCUCAUGCCGAGCUUUCCGAGGCUAUGGCCGUCAAUAUCUACCCGCACCAGAGCAAAUCUGUCGUGCUCGUUGACCAUUCCGCCAAGCCAUCGGAGAGCUCCUCUUUGGAGCAGUACAAGGGCACUGGUCCCGAUAUCCCGGUGGUUAAGAUGACGGAUGCGAACGGCGGUAUCCCUGCUACGCCCCCUCAGCAGUUGUUUGUGGACGACGUCGACUCGCCGCUGAGGAACCCACGAGCACCUCCUCAACCUCCAGUCAUCAACUUUAUCCCGGCCACACCAUCGGGUUUAACGCCAACAACUGAGAAGCAAAAGCAACUCGGUAACUACUACGAAAUGACGGCAGAGAAGCCGAAGCGCAGCUUGUCCCUCCUCAAACGAGCCCUAACCCGCCGAACAACGAGCGACUACGGACCGUCCCCAGCUCGCCCCGUCGGCCUCCUUACCCGGACGUUCUCCCUCUCUCGAAACAUCAGGCGCCUGGAGGAGCGGCCCCGCCUCAAACGCCGCUCAACCGGGGACUCGGGCCCCCAAGACGAGACCAGACUCCACCCGCACUGGCGGCCCGCCUACGCCGAAGACGAACCAUGCGAUUGCGGCUGCUGCUCCUCCUCCUCCUCCUCCGAAGACGACUACGACGAGGACGAUGACCAAGACCACGAUAGCCGCGACGAAGAAGACCGAACCUACCGCUACCCGCCCAUCGACAACCGGCCCUCCCCAUCGUUCCCGGCCCCCCGCCGCAGACUGAGCGAGCGCCUCAAGCGGACGUUUGCCAUCCUCCCGCGGCGGGACGACCGUGACGAUUGGGACGGGUACGACAGUCAAGGCGACGGCCACGACGGGUAUUACUCGGCCACGGCGCACGACGCGCCCGACCGCAGGACCAUCCGCCGCACGCCGAGCGGCAACCUGCGCGUCAUGAAGUUCCGGCGCAGCAUGGAAUCCCUGACGCGGGGCACCCCCCCCGCAGCCGCCGACGGCCGCCCGUCGUACUACCCCCCGGCCAGCCAGCGGCAGCGGGGCCGUCUGGUGGAGCGCCGAUACACGCGCCUGUGGCGGUCCCUGAGCCAGAAGGCGCGAACCUCCCUCCGCCGCCGGCCCUCCUCCUCCCAGCGGGAGCGCGAGAGCAACGGCAACGGCAACGCCAACAGCGGCCGGGAGGAGGCUACCGCCACCUCAAACUCAAACGGGGGCACGGUCGGGUUCCUGCCCGCGCUGGGCGAGCGCAUCAACUUCCCGCGGCGGCUGAGCGGGCGGCUGAGCGAGCGGCGCCGGGAGCGGCGCACGCAGGAGCUGCGCGGGAAGAUCUCGGGCCCGAGGGAGGUCAGGGACGGCGUGGGUGACGUGAUUAGGCGGAAUUCGUGGAAGGAUCGCGACGCGCUGUAUGUGCUGGAGCAGCAGCGCGAGAGGAGGUUGGCGCGGGAGCGUGGGGGUUGA